UAUAGACAGUCUGGUCUCAUAGACUAGAUGCACGGUGUCACUUUGUAGACAGAGAAUACAUCUUAUUGGACUUGGAGGAGGGUUUUGGAGGGUCCAAAUAAUUUAAAAAAUAUAUACUAAUAAAACAUCAAUACUAUACAUACUAUAGACAGUCUGGUCUCAUUGACUAGAUGCAAGGUGUCACUUUGGUGGGUUGUGGAGGGUCCAAAUUAAAAAAAUACAAACAAAACAUCUAAAAAUGUCAUACAAAAUCUACAAAUUCUUCUUCAUUAUCCCCCACGUUGCUGCACCUCUGCUUCUGGGAGGAUCCAAGUGUGGCCACAGAGCGGACUCCUCCAUCUUAUCCCACCAACUCUGUAAAUCCACCAGGCCCCACAAUGCAUCCUCCACACCACUGCAGUAACAGCCAUAUCUUCAGGUCACAAAGCUUCAGUACUAUCUGAAUGUGUUGAAUUACCAUCCAGCAUCCUGUGGCAACGUCAAUGUGAAACCGUAUUGGCCCGUGAUCACCACCAACCCGUGAUCACCACCAACCCGUGAUCACCACCAACCCGUGAUCACCACCAACCCGGCUCCAGAGCGGUAGCCAUGGACACCCACUCUUUGCUCAAGAUCAACGAAAGGAGAUUUGGAAGGAUCCCAUUUACACAGUCAGAAAUGGCACGGGCAAAGAAGGCUCCUUCAGAAGCAUCUAAGUCGAAGCAGAAGUCGAGGAAGCAGGAUGGAGAAACCUCUGGGGCUGCAGGACAAACCAUCACCGAGAAGCUACGGCAAAAGAUGGACGGGAAGACCACAUUGAAAACAGGGCCUGUUUUCCCAACCACCAUGACCAAAGGUUCAGUUCAGAAGAGAAGUGGACCAGGAAGCAUCCUGCACUACAUUUACCAGAGUACACUGGGGCAGAGCCUUCAUUCUCAGAUGAGACAGUGUCUCCAGGAGCCGUUUGUGCGUUCCCUGUCCUCCUAUAAGCUCCACCGUACAGCCAGUCCCUUCGACCGGCGGGUCACCUGUCUGGAGUGGCACCCCACGCACCCCACCGUCCUGGCGGUCGGCUCCAAGGGAGGAGACAUAGUCCUCUGGGACUACAGCGUGCUCAACAAGACCAGCUUCAUACAAGGGAAAGGAGCCGGGGACUUUAUUGGGGGGAUGAAGUUUAGCCCGACGGACCCGUCCAAGGUCUAUCUGGCGUCCGGUGAUGGUACACUGACCGUGCAGAGCUUUCAGGGCGGUCCAGCAACGGUUCUGUCCGGAGUCCAGGACUGUGGACAUGAUCACCACAAUGUCUGUCUGUGGUACUGCUGUGUAGAUGUGUCGUUGAGCAGACAGAUGCUGGUGACAGGAGACAACAUAGGACGAGUCUUAUUGCUGGGCAUUGAUGGACACCAGAUCUUCAACGAGAAGUUGCACAAGGCUAAAGUGACCCAUGCUGAAUUCAACCCUCGUUGCGAUUGGUUGAUGGCGACAGCGUCUGUUGACCACACGGUGAAGCUAUGGGACCUGCGGAACAUCAAAGACAAGAACAGUUUCCUCCACGAGAUGGUUCAUGACAAAGCUGUUAACUCGGCCUACUUUAACCCAGUGGACUGCUCCAAGCUUCUGACCACUGACCAGUAUGACCAGAUCAGGGUGUACUCCUCUUCUGAUUGGUCAACUCCUCAGCAGAUUAUCCAGCACCCACACAGACAGUUUCAGCACCUCACACCGAUCAAGGCCUCGUGGCACCCCCUCUAUGACCUGAUGGUGGUUGGGCGGUACCCUGAUGAGAGGGUGUGUCCAGGUGCCCUGAGGACCAUCGAUAUCUACGACGCCAACACGGGAGAGCUGGCAUGCCAACUACUGGACCACAACGCCCCUGGGAUCAUAUCGGUCAACAAGUUCAAUCCAAUGGGAGAUGUUUUAGGAUCUGGAAUGGGAGUGAACAUCCUAGUGUGGAACAGAGGUGAGACGUUGGCUGGUAAGCAGCAGAGAGGAGAGCUACAACAGGAAGCAGGAGUCCAGGUUGGCAGAGAUAGAGGCCAGCGGGGGAGAAGGCGGGAGGCUCGGAGGGGGGGGAGACGGGGGGAGGAUGAGGACGACAUUGGGAAGCUGAAGAAGAAGCUGUCUUCCCUGGAAGAGUCCUCCUCCUCGGGGACCAGAACAUCCAGGCAGCACAACAGCCAGACACAAAAGGGUCAAAAGAAAUAAUCAGGGAGAAGGAGAGAGGUCGUUGUUUUGUGAUGUUGGUUAUGUCUAUGACAUUGUCAUAUACGGGUAACUGCCAAAAUAAAGGAAACACCAACAUAAAGUGUUUUAAUAGGGCGUUGGGCCACCACGAGCCAGAACGGA